ACUCGCCCGAGGUUAGCUUAGGUUACUCGCACGCUAACCUACCGUGCAUAUAGCACACAUAACCCUGCUGGGUUAUUCUACAUAUUCCGGAUGAAACAUGUCUGUACAGUAGGCACACAACUACUGUAUAUAGCUACUCAUUUUACAUACAACCUCACCGUCUCAAUCUUUUUGCUUUUUAACAAAAUAUCCGUCGCCUGUGUAAUACCCCGGCAUCAUUAUAUACAGCAUUUUUAUUCCAUGCCAAUGUCAAUUCCCUUUUUUCUGGUAGCCCGAGUACAGGCUUUUCUAUGCAGCAGCCAGACGUGUACCAUCACGACUUCUUGAUUGGCUAGCGCCAACCGUACCGCAUUGAUUAUUCACUGCCAGGCAUCAGCGGCACAGUUCAACCCUACAGAGCGCGUUUCCUUCUUCC